CCUCGUCGGUGAUGUCACAUCUCGUUACGCCAUUUUUUUUUGUUGGGGAGCAGUCGUGUCCAGAAAAAAGGAGGAUUAGAUCCAGCACAGGUAGCGCGUACAUCCACCUCUUCCGAGUCGUCUGGCGAACGGGACCCUCUGCUCGUCCUUCACACUCGCACCAUGUCGUCAGAAAACCUGGACUCGGACUCUCAAGUGGACUACGAGGACGAAAAACAGGACGCCCAGGAGAAGAAUGCAAACCCCGUGAAGGCAGAGGAGGCCAAGCUGAAGGCGAAGUACCCCGGCCUGGGCCAGAAGCCCGGCGGCUCAGACUUCCUGAUGAAGAGACUACAGAAAGGGCAAAAGUACUUCGACUCGGGCGACUACAACAUGGCCAAGGCCAAGAUGAAGAAGCUUCCCCCCGUGGCGGGGCCAGACAAGAACCUGGUGACCGGCGACCACAUCCCCACGCCGCAGGACCUGCCCCAGCGGAAGUCCUCCUUGGUGACGAGCAAGCUAGCCGGCUAGCUUGCGUCCUCCUAGAAGCACCCUCACUUCCACCUGGGGACCUCCUCCCCCAUCAGAUCUCACCCGUGUCCCUCCCUAUGUCCGCCCCCUCCCCUUACCUCCUCUUUUCAUCCCCAGGCACCACUGGCUUUUACCAUGUCGGGCAGAGUUGAAUGAGUUGAAACUCCAUUUUGCUUGUAUGUGGGCGCGGUGGGAGGGUUGGAGGUGGCGGCCUCCUCUGCCCUCCCACCCCGCACAGCUCUGCCCCGUCUCGGACACGCUGCUCCGCCGCCGCCCUCAAGUCUUGGGUUUUUAUUUUCCGGUGUUCCAAGAUGCAUCACACUAGGCGUGUCAUCAGGCAUGGGUCGGAUGGGACGAGUUAAUGCACUUUGUAGUCUGUAUAGUAUGCUUUUGUUCUCUUUUUUUUUUUAAAUGUUGCAUCUUAAAUAACACCAAAAUAAUGUGUGUGUGUGUGUGUGUGUGAGGGCGUUGGGAACCUUGAUCGUUGAUCUUUAUGUUCAUAAAGAGCCACCCUGCUGGUGGCUCUAGUGGGAGAUGUGAAUGACUGCUGGCAUACCAAACUUGUGAGGGACGAGCUUAAGAGCCCUUCGGUGUUCCCCGACAUCAUGUUGGGGGAGACGAACGG